AUGGGGAAUACUCUAUCGACAUCGUCUGAUGUUCUGAACUCAUUAGAACUUACCGAUAUCUGCGGUCUUGAUGAAGCCGAGAAUAUAGGGAGUGACAUGUUUACGCGAUCGGUUAAAGGACGGGACACCCGGUCCCGGCGAAUGUUGAUGACCAAGUUAUAUUCGGUCCAACCGAGUGACACAGACAAAGUGAAUGACCUGAUGCAACGGCUACAUCGUGUUAACAAAGCGAUAACAAACACGAAUGGGUUACUGAAUUUUGUCACGCGGAAGACAGGGAAGAAUGGGAAUAUCAUUAUCUAUCAAAGACAACAUUUGCCAUAUAAUUUGGCGGAUCGAGUGAGGACAUCCCCGGUCCUUACUGUUCAUGAGAAACUCUUUAUUUCAUAUCAAAUAGUCAGUGCGGUGUAUUCACUUCAUAACUUGGGGUGCGUCCAUGGCGAUAUCAAACCGGAGAACAUCCUUUUAACCACAUCGAACACGCCAUACAUCUGUGACUUUGCGCCAUUCAAACCGUUCUAUUUACCCGACGACAAUCCAUACGACCUGAACUUCUUUUUUAAUCGAUCGAGUUGUGUUGCGCCAGAGAGAUUUAAAGCAAAUUUGAAGGCAGAGAACAUGUUUGAACAAUGCACGACGAUGUCUGAUGUGUUCUCUCUUGGAUGCGUGUUAGUCUAUUUGUUCACGGAGAAUGCACUGUUUGACGUGUCGAAUAUCUUGGACUAUAAAGCAGGGAAAUUUUCAAUUGGCGAAGCACUUGACGCGAUUAAGGUGGACUUUGUGAAGGAUCUUGUGAUGAAAAUGGUUGACGCGAACCCACAGAAUCGACCCACAGCGGCACAAUGUCUGGACACCUUUUCGAUGAAUGUACCUAACUACUUCGCACAACUGUUACAACUCUCAUACUCUUCACAACAAAAUUCGGCAGAAGUUGUGUUGCCCGAUAUCAUCGGGUUUGCGCGCGAAGUCCUUAAGAUCGAGAGAAUAUCGGAGAAGAAGAAAACAGUCACGCGAGAAGUCCAAGUGAUACCCGACGAGGCCACUUUGUCACAUUCGUCGCAACUUGCAGUUGAAUUGGAAAAGCUCACCACACAAACGGAAGAACUCCACAAACACCUUGAAAAACUGUUGAGUGGACAAUGGGGGGAUGCGAAAGCAAGAGGAGAAGCAUUGGACUCGAUGAGGAAAUUGACGGAACAAAUUACACCGGAGAGCGAAGAGAUCGAAUUGAAGGACUCAAAAGAGAUGAAGAAGUAUUUUAUGAAGAAGGAAGACCCAUUUGUGAGUAGUUCGAUCAUCUUCUCGAUAUUGUUUAGUAUGCGACUCACACGAGAAAGUGUGUUGGAUACUAUAUUGUCUUUAGUCGACGCUUUAAUCUGUUAUUCUGAUGAUGAAGCACUUUAUAUGAUAGUCACCCCAGGCUUAGUCGACUUGAUUGUCGCAAACUCAAGUAAUCCAAUCAAGUCCAGAGCACUUCGGACACUUGUGAAAACACUCACAUUCCUCGAGAAACUCCCCCCUUCGGCGCAUUUACUCUUCCCGAAUUACAUAUUACCGACGAUUGAACAGACAGUAGCUAACCCUAAUAAUUUGUCCUUUGCUAUUGUCUACACUUCAUUCUUCUCUCAAUUACUUGAGCUGUCAAAGAAACUUGCGCUGAAAGAAGAAGACGGGAGUCUCAAGAUGGAUGAGCACGAAGUGCUCUCCCACUUCUUCCUUGAAAGUUACAAGCAGAUGAUUAAAAGAAAGAACUUCCACAUCACUCGAAACCUCAUCGUCGCGUAUUCAUCGCUCACGUUGUUUUGUGGACAUGACAAGAGUCACAAUGAGUUGUUACAAUAUAUCAAUAUCUUCAAAACAACAGAACCAAUCUUGAUCCUCUACUUCUUGGAGCAAAUCCCACUUGUCGGGAAGGUCUAUGGAACAAAGGAAUUUGAAUUGAACUUCUAUCCAAUAUUACAACAGUAUUUGUAUAGCACACAUGAGUAUUUAGUCCACCAAACAUUACUCUCUUUAACAUCUUGCGUGAGCUUCGAUAUAGUUUCAAGAAGCUAUAUUUAUAGUAUUAUCCCGUCCGUCUGCCCACUGUUGGUCCACCCCAAUAUCACACUUCGACAAGCUACAGCUAUGCUGCUGGAAGUCAUUGCCGGGAAAUUGAGCGACGCGCAACGCCAUUGCUUCCUUCUUCCCCACGUGAAUACAAUGCUUCGUAUUCGACUGUUUAAUAUCACGUCGGCGCAUAUCAACGCGUCGCUGUUAUCUUCGAUUCCGAGGAACGCGCUGAGAUCUUUUGAUCGAAUGGAUAUCCCAAUGUCGACACAUGUUGACGAGAUGGUGAGUAAAUUGGAGUCGACUGGGGUGACAAACCCGGAUAAGUGUCUUUCGAAAUUGAUACCAUACCUUGUCCAUGUGAAGGAAUGUGUUUCUCGACUCACUAACGCACAACAGAACAUGUUCGCUCGACUCAACGACGAGCUGAAAGUGUUACCGUUAUGGGGUGUCAACCCGGACGAUCCAACACACACUUAUAUUCCUAUGAUCAAUCCAACGACUCCAUGCACCAAAGACAGUUCGCGAUACCAAAUAGUGAUCCAAGGCACUUCUCCCCCUCGUGCAAGAAGUAUCCCCGAGUUGGGAUUUCUCGAUUCGGUCCAACCCAUAUUGAAGACAGAACCGUUCCAAGGAAUUUGUGUUGCGCAUUUGACAGAGCACCGAGCGCCAAUAGUCGUAGUGGCGACUGGUGCGACGGGCGUCUUUUUUGUGAGUGGUGAUUUGAGUGGAGUUGUGAAAGUGUGGGACAUCAUGGGAGUGGAGUCGCUAGAAGUGAUGCGUUCACGGGCGACCUUGAAAGGCGAGAGUGGAGUGACCUGUUUUGGUACAAUCGCAAAGAGUAAUGGGAUAGUCAUUGGGUAUAAAGAUGGCACAGUCGAGCUUCACCGUGUGUUUGUUGAUAUGAAGAAGAUGAGUGUACUGUCGACUUCACUUGUUAAAUCCUUCAAGUUGAAUUCCAAGAUCAUUCAAAUUCAGAAAAAUGCGGACCCCAAGUCUGUGACAAUUAUAUGUGAAAACGGCACAUUAGCGGUAUGGGACAUUCGCGACAAAGUGCCUGGAAUAAUGAAAGAAAAUGAUCCACGACUGGGUUAUGUCUCUGCGAUGGCUGUAGCCCCGAGUGGGGAGUAUUGUAUAGUUGGGACCAAUCGCGGGUAUUUAGUAUGUUGGGAUUUGCGGCAUACCAUCGCGAACAUCGGGUGGCGAGUCCCUACACACUCCGCCAUCACCGACAUCAUCUUUUUGAAAGAUGAGAACAUCGCAACGAACACUCGCGAUGGGGAUGUCUUCUGUUGGGAUAUUAAAAACCAGAACUUGAAAUUGUUAUUGCACUUCGAAGACUUUGGCACUAAAAUACCGGAGUUAGACACUAUCAUCGAAAAAGUCGAACGCAGUCGUUUUAAGCCUUCUUUCUCAAUGGGUCCGGAAGAUUAUGGCGUUCAACAACUCGACAGUUUAUUACAGAACUUACAACGAUGCAUCGCUCAGAGUCAAAACAAUGUGUACCUUCCUUAUUUAGCCAACACGUCUUUAAUGGCAUAUGGUCGUUAUAUUAUAUCGGGUGGCAGUGAUCAUAUCUUACGAUUCUGGGACAUCGAGACCUCACAAGGUUCAAGUAGUUAUGCUAUCGGCGACUUUAAAAAGCCGCCCACAUUCGAAACAACCAUCGAACACAACAUCGUCUGUGUUCGUUGUUUCCCCGUCGAACGCGAGAAGAGAGGAAUUGGACUCACAGACAAUGACCAUCACUUAGACUCUAUAACGGCUCUUGCAGUGCUUUCAUCUCCACAGUCGUAUUUCCUAUGUAGUGCUUCGCGCGAUGGGAUCAUCAAGAUUUGGAAGUAA